AGUCCGUUCCUAAAACCCUUCUGUCCGUUGAGUUUAUUAACCUCUCCCUCUCUCUGACUCAGGAAGUCUCUUCCUUUCCCUGUAUAAAACACACAAAACCCUAGCUAUCCAUCUUUCCCUUUAUGUCCAAAACCCCAGUUGCCAACACAGUAAACAUAAACCCUAAUCUCUUAUCAUUUAAGCCUCGCCAAGUGCUGUUGCUCUCUAACAGACCACCAAUCAUGAAACAAGAAAACAUCACCGAAUCUCAAACUUUGAAGCAUGAACAGAAGACAAUUUUGCUUCACUCUAUAGCUAAUUAUCUUGAAAACACUGGUGGGUUUUCUAAAACAUUAAAGAAAUUCAAAUCAGAAGCCAAAUUUGAGAAAGAUGAUUUGUGUGGCGGUUCCUUGAUUGAUUUGGAGGAGGUGUUUUGCAAGCUUUUGAAGACCAGUGACGAUACCUGCAAAAAGCUAGAGAGCAGCCAGGUGCAAGAUAUACAGACAAAUGACUUUGCUAAAAAGAAAAAGAAGAGUGAUCCUGAUGCCAUAAACAAAAAACUAGGAACUGCUGAUAAAGUUAACAAUUAUGAGAGCGUUGAAGAGAUUUUAACAAAUGAUACAGUGUCUACUGAAGUAAAGUCUAAAGAGAAUAAGAAAAAGAAAAAGAACUCUCAUUCUCAUGGACAAGAGGAACAAGACAAUAGCGAAGCUUUGAAGGAACCUGCUGAUAAUGUUGCUAGUGAAUCUCCUGAUAAGAAACGCAAGGACAAAAGGAAGAAGAAAAGCAACAUGGAAUCUGAGUCUCAAGUUGAUAAUGUUGGACACCAUUCAUGGGAACCUGUGGCAACAGAGGAAAAAUCUAAGGAUGUGGCAUCUUCAGAGGGAAAUAAAGAAACUGUUUCUGAGACAGAGAAUAAACCAAAGGAUAAGAAGAAAAAGAAAAACAAGCUUUCUGAUGCUGAUGCUGACAGUGAUGACAACAAGAAUGUCAAAUACGAAGAAAGGAAGAAAAAGAAGGAUAUUGUUGUUUCUGAAAAUAUGUCUGUUGAGACACUUGAUGAAGGGAAAUCAAAUAAAGUAGAUACUGAAAAAGAUGAUUCUAAGAACUCAAAGAAGGAUGAUAAAGAGAAUAAAAGUUCCAAGAAGAGGAAAAGAUUUCCUUCUGAAGAUGAUGCCACUCAACCUGCUGAUGAAAAAGCAGUUGAAGAUCCUAAACGCAGAAAGAUGGAAAGUUCAGAAGAACCAAAGGAAAAUGGCCAGGCAAAUGGGAACCUUGAGAAAAAUGGAGAGAACUCAUCAUUGCAGAAAUCAAUGAAGAAGGAAAAGAACGGUUCAGUUGAGCCGAAGACUGUUAAGCAUUUUCAAAGAGUAAAAGUUGAUGAGGUGGUAUUCUCUGAUGACAGGCUUAAAGAUAAUUCAUACUGGGCGAAGGAUGGUGCCGAGGAUGGUUAUGGUGCAAAAGCACAAGAUGUUCUUGGGCAAGUUAGAGGAAGGGAUUUUAGGCAUGAAAAAACGAAGAAGAAGCGUGGGACAUACAGAGGAGGGCAGAUUGAUUUGCAAUCCCACUCAAUUAAGUUCAAUUACUCUGAUGAAGAUUGAAUCGGUGGUGACAUCUUCGUGUGAUGCAUCUUGAUUUUUGGAUCUGUUACAUUUUUACUUGCAUGUGCUAAGCACAGCUCUUCAUUCAUCAAUUUGGCAAUUUGUGCUUCUGUACGUUUAGCAAACUUUUGACAAUUAUGCCUUCCCGUUUCUUAUUGAACUUGAGUCAACUAAAGAAUGGAAGCCAUCUAUUCUGUUUAGCUUUUCACA